UUCUAUCCGUUGAUUGAGAAUACGCAGUAAAAUUACCUCCGGACUCACUCGGAGUCACCCAGGCGGAAGUAAUAUUAUCCUGGGGCUGAAUGUCUUUAUAUCUUCAGUCAAUGUUCUAUCCUCUGACCUUAGGCCAGCAAUCUCUUUGAAAUUGGAGUCUGGUAAAAUGUGUAAUCACUCGUCACCGGUUUGAUUGGCGGUGAAAUCCAAUUGGUGGAUUUUCGACCAAUCGAAACCCAAGAGUGGGGGGGUCUGUGUUUACUCUGCAGGCGCUCAGCUGCCCAUUGCACCUGCCGAAACCAUGCGGUGCCAACCGUAGCACGUAAAAUACAAAGCGGAUUUAUUCAAUGCGUGCUAAACGAGAAAAUUGGCGGGUGUCGGAAGGGUUAAAAAAAAAAGUGAAAUAUAAACUGCCUAAUACGAACUUGAAGUCGCUGUUGGCGGCAGUUGAACAAAGCAAUUUGAACAUAGCACUUGGCAGUUGCGAAUUGAACCGGCAAACCCUCGGAACUCGGGAGUCUCGCUCUGUCAGCUUAAUAUUAUAUUAAGCAAAUUUAUCCUCCCUCAGAAACUGCAGGAAAGUUGACAGGAAGAUAUCCACCAUGGACACUAGGCUCAGGGCAACGAAAUUAUCCGGAGUUGUGAAGACAUAUAGGAAGAAUGCAGGAACUACCACGCGGUACCUGAAACCAAGCAUGUUGGCUUCGAUGAACAUCAAUGUUCCAGUGAAAGCGGAUGCUAAUAAUCGUGUAGUAUUGCAGUCGCUACCCCAUAUUCAAGACAAUGUCGCAGCUGUGACAAAGCAUCCUUCGGCUGAGGAGGGUGUAAUCAAUGCGAAAGCAGUGAAGCCAGCGAUAGCUACAAAAGCAGCGAUGACAAUGGUGAAGCCAGCGAUAACUGCAAAGGCAGUCAUGACGACUGUGAAACCAAUUAGGCCAAAGCUUAGCAAGUGGGAUUUCAAGGGACGGCUGGCUUACACAGAACAGGAGUUGGUAUACUUUAAAAAUAAAUUGAAGAAUGCGACGACAGAAAGUAGUGAGCUCACCACAGCGUUGGAGACCUUGACGGAGAGUGCAAAGCAUGAGAAAGAAAGAGCAGAGGAAGCUGAGAAAAGAUACUGUGAAUUGGUUAAGGAGCGUGAUAGGUUAACAAGUUUAAUGAAAGAUUAUCAAGCGACUUCUGAGACAUUGAAGACUGAUGUUGACCAGCUUAAAACUGAACUGUACAAAACACAGUGCAGUCUCAACCAACAUAAGGAGGAUUAUGAAAACCAUGACGCCGAGAUGUCGGCUGUGGUUGAUAACACUGAAAAAAUGAUGAAGGAGAAUUCUGAGCAUGAAGAAACUGUGAGGUGCUUGGAAAAGCGCAACAAGGAACUCGAAAUUGUUUCCAAUGGACUUUGUGAGAAGAGGCAGGAGAUGCUAGAGACACUUAAAUUGCUAAAAGGGGAUGAUUAGGUUGACAGUACCUCCUUGUGAUUAUGACUGAUUGUAUGAUACAUUAUGUAGAAUUUUUUGGAAAUUCAAACUAGCUUGAAUACCCUUACUUUAUACAAGAGGAUGAAGACGAUCUCAAGUCUUACAAAUUAAUUGAAUCUCAAUCCUAGGAUUGAGUUUUGUAAUUUUACCAGCUUGAAAUCUAAUUAUUACUUAUGAUUUGUACUCUGACCUUUUCAUUUGUAAAAACGUUCAAUUUAUUAUUUAAUGUACCGGUGUCGUCGGAUAGAGUAAUAUAUAUAU